AGCUGUUGAGACACAGUCAUUGGAACUCUGAGAAAAUACAUCUGUGAAGCAUUUGGCAAACUUAAUAUCAUUAUAAGAUUUUUUUUUAUAAUCUUAAUUUUCUUUACUCAUGAACGGCUUAGUAAUAAGGACACUGUCGUAAGGGAAAGUUGGUUAUUUAUAUAUCGUUGGUUAUUGAGUUAUCAUUUCCCAACAAAAAUACUACUUUUGGUGGUUUCGCGGAAGAGACCAACAGGAUGAGUUUGAGUGUGACCGGGUAUUCCCACCAAGGGUAUCCCCACCCGGGACCCACGGGACAUGACCUUUACCAGUACCCUCAAAUGCCACGAUACACCGAUCAUUGUGGGGACGCCACCUAUUUCCAGAACUGGGUACUAAAUGGACACCACCCGGAUGUACAAAUGUCCCCGGAGUCGUACGGGAUGUGUACCCCUUCCCCCACAGACUUCCAUGUGAUGGGACAUUACGUAUCGGACGGUAUCAGAUACACUGCUGACGGAGUACCCAUCGAAAGGGUGGUAAAACGGCGAACAUCUGCCAACAAAAAGGAACGACGGAGGACACUAUCUAUUAAUUCAGCGUUUGCAACAUUAAGGGGUUGUAUACCCAAUGUUCCAUCGGACACAAAAUUAUCCAAGAUUAAAACUUUAAGACUGGCCACAAGUUAUAUUUCCUACUUAAUGGAUGUGUUGGAAAAAGACGAUCCACAGCUAACCGAGGACGGGUUCAAAGCCGAACUGGUUAAGAAAAAUGACAAAAAAUCAACCCCCGAAGAGAAAAAACAUAAAGAAAACACGAAUUCGGAUUCCUCUGAAUCAGCGAGCCCUUCCAGUAUAGACAAGAAAACUAAGGGACGGACAGGCUGGCCCCAGCACGUGUGGGCUUCCGAACUUAAACAAUAGUGAGGACAAACAUGUCUGGUGUUUGCGAAAAACCUGCAGCAAUUAAUUCCGUUUUCCAAUGAUUCCAUAUCUUGUGGACAAUAUCCACGGAAAUCUGUUUCCAUGAAGCGCAGAGCUCCCGAACGGUGACCAAACAUGUUGUCGGAAACAAACCGGAUCCGGAAAUCCAAACACAACGAGAAUGGACGAGCAUGGUCGUCAGGACGACGCACAGGAAGUAGUAAGGACGGAAGUGCGCGUGAUAAGAAGAGCUAUAAUGGUAUAUUGCUUUACAAAAUACUGCAAUGGAAUGGCCAGCAAGGAUCACAUAAAGUCUAACGUAAUGAUGAAGACAUUUCAGACUCGACAGAGGCAAGUGGAUGUGUGUUCUACAACUAUAGCAUAUUUAUUGGAUUUAUGUUUAUGAUUAUUUUUGGUAACAUUUUGUCAACAGAGAGUUUUAUUUAGAUGAUAUGACAUGUUAUAGUUUCAUCAGAGCAAUAACUUUAUUCAUCGUGGUUUUUUUAUUUUUAAGAUUAUGUUUAAUUUUGUUUACCAUCAUUCAUCGGAGAUAGAUGCAUUUAAAAGAUUGAAGAUGACCUCUGGUUUUCUCACAGACUCUUGUCUGCCUUGCUUUCUAAUGUGUUUCUCUCACAAAUAGAUCUCUUUUUAACAUGUUUGAAUCAUUCAUGCCUUAUUCAUUCGAGGGAUGUGACGAUGGAAUAAAAAAGUAUACAAAGUAUCACGAUAUGUAUAAAUAGGUAAGGAAGCAUUUUUCUGACUACCUGAGUCAGUGGGGUCAGGCCUGACACGACGCGAGCUGUGUCUACCCAAUCGUCUCAGUAAAUGGAGAUAGGACGAUGGCUUGGGACCGUGUGAAAUGGGCGUGCUAGUGUGCGUGUGAGAUGGAGGUACAUGAUUUACACUGGUAGUAGCGAGUGUCUGAAGGUAUACAAGUGUUUAUGAGAUUUUGGUCGACUGUUUGGUAUAGAGCCGGUGUAAAUGGUUUCGAUUGUGUAUACAUUGUGUGUAAGUUAAACUUCACAUUGCAUUAUCAAUCAAAUAAUCAUGUUAAAUUAAUCUUACUUUCUAUUUUUGUCAUUUGAAUAACUUGUAUUGAUAUUAUUUAUUUCUUACAAAACCCUGUGCUAGACACAUACGUUAUCACGGAAUUCCAAAGACGAAAACGUCUGCAGAAAUGUGAGCUUAUAACUUUAAGUAUAUAAAAGAGACUUGCAUUUUUAUGAUUUCAUUUUUAGUAUGAAUAUUCUGUAUGGAGGUAUAUUAUCUUAUUACCCUUAAGGUAUUUAACAUUAAGCUUUCCAAUCAGGCGAUUAGCAUACAUUUACACGUCCUAUUGUAUGUGACAGGUGUUUAUAUUUGUUCAUUGCAUACUAAAUGAAAUUGAUGAGUGAAUUUUAUAUUUACGUUAUACUGUGUGCCAAACUAGAAAGGUUUUGUUGGAACAAUCCUCAGUUACUUUUGUGUUGAAUCUCUAAAGAGAUUAUGUCAGGGUAUGCCAUCAUGCAACCCGGAAAAUAAACACAAACGAUUUU